AAUUUGCGCGGGAAUUCUCGAAUUAGUUUCUGACUUUUCGCUUUACUUUCUUUCCCCCUGCCGAUAUCAAUCAAAUCGCGUCUUUCUUGCAGCUGCGAGAGCUAGGAGACGGAGGGAAAUAGAAAAGAACUAGGGUUUCGAAUUUUGAAAGAAACAGAAAAUUAAGAAGGAAAAAGAUAUGGUGAAGAGAAAAAGCAGCAAUAAUUGCAACAGAAGGAUAAGAAUCAACAGAGGAGGCAUGGAAGCGAACACGUUAGCAAUCCUCGACUCCAACGAAUCUCACAAAGAUUCUCAAGACGCCAGAGAUGACAGUGUUGAUUUUCUGGAAGCUGUGCGUACUGCUUCACUUUUACCAGAAAACGGAACUCCUCCUACUGAAAAAAUGGUUGAGGCGGUGUUUCAAAUCCUGAGGGCAGGGAAAUCUCUAGAACUUAUAAUGUCUAGUUAUGAGCUUUUGAAUGAGAUCGAAAAGCGUUUUCCUCGAGUUUGUAUAUCUGAAUCAUCUGGUAAUGAUUCUCGUGAACUGGUAGUGAUUAAUGAGGCAUGGCUGCCAUUUGUGGUUUUCUCCGAUGUCAUGUCUAGUGAGAGAGAAGCCACUCCCAAAAACUCAGAUGGAUUGUUUGAUGUCAAUGGUUUUCAUGAAUUAAUACAAGGCCUUGCUGAAUUAGCUAAUAAAACAAUUUCUCAGAGGGUGGAUACUGAGUCCUUAGGAAAUAUGUUACUGUUUCAAUAUCUUGUCAAUGUUCUUGAAGAAGAUUUUGUACCCCGUAUCAACAUGUAUAAAGAAACCAUGAACUGGAACCUUUUGAGGGAGUGCUUACUCAACAUGCUUCUGGGUUCAAGAAGAGUCAACUACAAGGUUUUAAUGAAAGAUUGCUUGUCUACAAUCUGUGGACUGUGCCAAGAUCAUGCUGGAAUUGUUGAUGAGUCUGAGCAUUCUGAGACUUCUAUGGGAAAGUCAUACGAGAAUCAUAAUACUGAUGUAGCAAUUGCGUUGCUUGAAGUACAAAAGACUACUUGUUUGGCUAUGCAGAAACUUCUGACAAUGAUUAUGGAGCUUGACAUGUCAAAGAAGCAAGCGCACAUGGAAGGUCAAACUACCAGAGCUGAUGGUGUGAGAACCCCACUGGCAGAGAUUAUCUUGGAUGAGCUAACUUAUGACAGAGAUAUACUCUCCCCAUUUCUUCAGGUCUUUAAUGACCCUAAAUGGAAGCUUGAGAUCAUUGUGCAGUACUUUCUAAAAUACACAGCCAAGCCUUCUGUUCGUACUCGGAGAUCAGAUGUUACUUCUGAAGAUUCUACGUUAAAUAGAGUUUUGAAGUCCUUUUCAAAUGGCACCUACACAAGAAACAUUAUAAAGAAAAUUGAUGUAGAAGCUGUUCAAUUGCUUUUGGCACAUGCUUUUCUGGCCUACUUGUCCAUGUCAUCUCAGCAACGUCUUCCUGGCAUGUCUGAUUGCAAGGAAGAUGAAAACAGUUCCCUCAUGGAAAUAUCUAAAGAUGUAAUUGCUGCGUUCAAUAGUCUAAGAGGAGCAGAUGAGAACAUUGAGAUUUCAUCCCUUGGAAAAGAAGCACUAUUUACUGCUGCAAUGAUCAUUUCAACAACUUCAUAGGAGGUCCAGAAAAGCCGCACUUCGUUUCUGGUUUUUGAAGGGUCGCAUAUUGAAGGUAACUUGUCUGACCAUCACUGUAUAUAAAUCACAGGGAAUUCAGUAAACUUUUUUAGUUGUACCUUCUAGCCAAAAAAAAAAAAGACGUAUUUAGUGUACCUAGCACUAUUGUCAUGCAACAGUGCAUAUGGUGUUUGGAGUAAAUAAAUUAUGUAUCCAGCUUUAUAACAUCCAAA